UUUUCUCUUUUUUCCUUGCGAAAAAAUUCGCAACUGCUUCAAAGAACUUUUUGACCCGGCGCCAGUAACCACUUGCCAGUUUCAACCCUUUCGUAAAUGGUCAUUUCUAUUGAUUUUCCUUGAAUCCUCGAUCACUAUGACCCUUUAUAAUAUUUUCUACUAAAUAUGUUCGACCAAAUCCAAUUCCUUUUAUAUUUACAAGACUCUAUCUUCCUUAAUUUACUUUCUGAAAAGCGAAUGUUAUUACAGAAGUCUAAUAUGAUAAUUACUAGAUCUACUUCUGUCUCAUUGGACUAUGAUGAAAUAUCUGUAAUGCGAAUACGAUGUCCGUGCUGCUAUCUAUCUCCUGGCCCGUGCGUUCGAAGGAAUUGCUUGCCGUGGCGAUAGGAUGCAGAGGCCAGGCCAGGAGUACUUGUUCGUAAAGACGUGAUUUAAUCGUGAUCGCAUGGAACUUCUCGCAGAACUUGAUGAAGAGGUGACUGACCAUGGUCUCGAGCAGCGUCCUGGCGCAUUUAGCGAAAUUUCUUGUGACGAUUGGCUGCAUCAGAGCUAUCGGUAAUAACUAUGACAAAGCGAGCACAUGGUCGUUUCGUGGCUUUCAAAUUCUGCUUUCGCACUCCGUGCUAGGAGCACUCAGGUUCGGAGCUCCAUUUUUCACAUCGUCGACCAAUGUAGUGAAAUACCUAAGGAUCUCCUACAAUUGGUACUCGAAGAUUGUCGAUGUUGUACCAUUGGCAUUGUUUGCUGCCGGUAUCCUGCAGGGAUACAAAGUUUGCGAAAAAAUUUGGCUUGUAGUAUUUUUGCUGGGCAUGUUGCCGAUAUUUUUUCAUCUACAGCCAAGACGUAAAGACAGUCGAAGAAGAAGAUACCAGUUGUUAAUGAACAUUACGACCAUCCUACAGCUAUUGAUGAUUGCGUUGGUUGGACUAAGAUACAGUAAUUACAACGUGAUCAGUCUAGUAGUCUCGUACAUUUUCGAACGUUUUUUCAUCGACGAAUUCUGUUAUUUCUAUGACAUCCCUAGCACGGACUUAACUCAAUACUCUUUAUGUUUCGUGGAAAUUUUCAUGACUCUGACACUGAACGAAGUGUAAAUAACGACUGUAUAUUUUAUAUUUAUUUAAAUAAACGAUCUUUGCAGUAUUCCUGAAA